AUGGACUCUCCGUGGGAUGAGCUGACCCUUGCCUUUUCUCGCACGUCUAUGUUCCCCUUUUUUGACAUCGCUCACUACCUGGUGUCUGUGAUGGCGCUGAAGCGUCAGCCGGGAGCUGUGGCAGUGGCAUGGAAGAAUCCUCUUUCAAGCUGGUUCACUGCUAUGCUCCAUUGCUUUGGUGGAGGAAUUUUAUCCUGUGUAUUGCUUGCGGAGCCUCCGUUGAGGUUUCUUGCAAACAACACUAAUAUAUUACUGGCAUCUUCGAUCUGGUAUAUUACAUUUUUUUGCCCAUGUGACCUAGUUUCCCAGGGCUAUUCUUUCCUACCUGUUCAACUCUUGGCUGCGGGAAUGAAGGAAGUGACCAGAACUUGGAAAAUAGUAGGUGGAGUCACACAUGCAAAUACCUAUUACAAAAAUGGCUGGAUAGUCAUGAUAGCUGUUGGAUGGGCCCGAGGUGCAGGUGGUAGCAUUAUCACGAAUUUUGAGCAGUUGGUAAAAGGAGGUUGGAAACCAGAAGCUAAUGAAUGGCUGAAGAUGUCCUACCCUGCCAAGGUAACCCUACUGGGGUCAGUUAUCUUCACAUUCCAGCACACCAAACAUCUGGCAGUAUCAAGGCAUAAUCUUAUGUUCCUUUAUACCAUGUUUCUUGUGGCCACAAAGAUAACCAUGAUGAUUACAGAGACUGCUACUGUGCCUUUUGCUCUCUUUGAGGACGCAUUGAGCCGGAUGCUGUUUGGUUGGCAGCAGCAGUUCACACCAUGUGAAAAGAAAAGUGAAACAAAAUCAUCUUUUAAUGGUACUGGUUCAUCGACCUCAAAACCUAUAGCUGUUGCUUCAGAUACUGUUAAAAAGAAACAUACCAAGAAGACUUAG